AUGUCUCGUAUCGAAACGAAUCAAGAAGCAGGUCGACGUAUCGGACGACGUCGUCCAGCCGAAAGUGCAAUCUACCAGCAACGCCUGCCCGCCUGGAGCCCAAAUUGGAGUCCCCAAGCCGUUUGGCCUUUUCUGAUUGGGUUCGGAAUUGUGUUUAUUGCCAUCGGAAUGUCGCUGCUGCAUGUGUCUUAUCAGACGCCGGAGUUUACCCUCGACUACACACACUGUCCAGCAUUGGACGAUCGUGCGAAUAGAAGUUGCGCUGAAAUCAUCAACCUACGACCGGGCGGCUCGUGCAAGUGUGUCGUGAGUUUCACGCUGGAUCAACCGAUGCCGCGGGCCGUUUACUUCUACUACGCAUUGAGCAACUUCUACCAGAACCACCGGACCUUCAUGAUCUCCCGUGACGAUGGCCAACUGCGUGGUGAUGUAGCGAAGAACCCGUCCCCUAGAUGUCAUCCGCUGACACACACCGUGCGCGACAACCGGACGCUUCCGGUGGCACCGUGCGGUCUGAUCGCGAACGCCAUGUUCAACGACUCGUUCGUCCUGGAACUGACCGCACCCUUCAGCCGGGUGCCCCUGGUCAGCGGAGGAUCCGCUUGGGCGCACGAGCGUCGGCUCAAGUUUCGCAACCCGCCUGGCGAAGACCUUCGCGCUGCGCUGCAGAACGUCUCCCGGCCACCGGCAUGGUCCCGCGAGCUUUGGGAGCUAGAUCCAACCGAUCCGGACAACAACGGCUUCCAGAACGAGGAUCUCAUCAGCUGGAUGCGCUCACCGGCGCUGCCAAACUUCCGGAAGCGCCAUCGGCGGGUGGACCACUCCGUGGCCCCGUUCGAACGUGGCCUGCCGCCGGGAACGUAUCGACUGAUCGUGCAAUACACGUACCCGGUGGCCGCCUUUGGAGGCGGUAAAUCCAUCGUUCUCAGCGCCCCAUCGUGGAUGGGCGCAAGGAAUCCGUUUCUUGGCUUUUUGUUUUCCGUCAUGGGAAUUAUCAAGCUGCUGCUAGGUUGCAUACUUUGCGUCGUGCGAUUUUUCUUCAGCAAAAGUGACCCCAUUCGGGAACGAGAAUAA